AUGGUGGAGACGGAAACGUUAAACGUUGACGCAAUUAUUGCAAAGUUACUCGAAGUAAAGGGAUCCAGGCCAGGAAAAGCUGUACACCUAACUGAGGCGGAAAUACGUUCAAUUGCGACGAAAGCUCGAGAGAUUAUCCUGCGUCAGCCCGCAUUACUUGAGCUUGAAGCACCAGUGAAAAUAUGUGGAGAUGUGCAUGGACAAUAUUAUGAUUUGCUUCGACUGUUCGAAUACGGUGGUUUUCCCCCGAACGCAAAUUAUCUCUUCCUCGGCGACUACGUUGAUCGUGGAAAACAGUCAUUAGAAACGAUAUGCCUUCUCCUUGCAUACAAAAUAAAGUUUCCGGAGAACUUUUUUCUUCUGCGGGGCAAUCACGAGUGUGCCUCCAUCAAUCGGAUUUAUGGAUUUUACGAUGAAUGCAAACGAAGAUACCACAUCAAAUUGUGGAAAAUGUUCACAGACUGCUUUAACUGCCUGCCGAUCGCAGCUAUUAUUGACGAGAAGAUUUUCUGCUGCCAUGGAGGUUUGUCACCGGAGCUAGACAACAUGGAUCAGAUUCGCCACCUUGUACGGCCAACUGAUGUACCCGAACACGGACUUCUUUGCGAUGUGCUCUGGUCAGACCCAAGCAAAGGUGUGGUCACCUGGGGUGAGAAUGACCGCGGAGUUAGCUAUACAUUUGGAGUCGAGAUCGUUUCCAAGUUCCUGAAAAAGCACGAUUUUGACCUGAUAUGUCGUGCUCACCAGGUAUGCGUCUUGGAUGAAUUUUACGGCAGAGUUUUCCUUACUAAUGGUCACUUUCAGCAAAAACGGUUUUAG